GGUGUGAGCUCAUGAGGCAACGCAGGCAACAUUAAGGCAACCAGAUGCAUUGACACCUAGGUAGCGACGGAUAAAAUAUUAAUGGAAACCCGGUUGAUGGGAUGUUAGAUGGUUAAAAUUUCAUCCCUUGCAAGUUAUAACCAUGGUUUAAAUGCGUGAAUCUUCUCAAACAAGAUGGAGCCCUUUGACCCCCCAACCUCUCGAAAUACCGGCAGUAUGAUCUCGAGGGCUCUUACCAGAGUCAAGUCCUUCAAACAGCAAAAUUCGAGCAGUUUCGCCCUCCGCACUGCCAAGAGUCAGACUUCUGGGCGAUCCGAACCUUUCAAGGCCCAGGCUGAGAGGGAGGCUGCUCAGCCAAGGAGAUGCCAGCAAAGGGUUCGUGCCUACACUGGAUUGACUUGGGAACUUAUUCGUAGUUUAUUAUCGAAGAAAUGGCCCGACGAGGACUUCAAAGAGGAGAGGAUACACGAUUCUUGGGUAUUUGAGACGCCCGAACCAUUGACAAAGGAGGAUAUGAAAGCUAUCACGAACCUAAGGGACAAGAGCAUGGCGCAGUCUACCGGUCGACGAAGGUCAGUUACGCCUGAAUGAGGGCGAUCAAUGGAGCAGUGCGACCGCUAUCGGAAAGGCACAAGAAGCCGGAAUGUGCACUUUGGGCAGGGCGAAUGGCGUAUUGGGGGCUAUAUCAAUGGGUGUGUGGCAGGGCAAUGUGCUGUGGCUGGCGAUUCUGUUUCAUUGUACGGGUUGUUUAUACAUAUUCAGUUCGGUGUGCGAACCCUGGGUCAUAACUGCAUACGAGCCUCCACGGCCCUAUUGGGCUGACACAUAGGGGUCUCCCAGGGCAUUAUUGCGAGGCAACGAUGAGGCAAUGUUAUGUGUAACGCGAGGGUAUUCCAUUUAAAAAGAUUGUUUUUCUGUAGAUUAUCGGUAGGUACAGGCCU